UUGGGUUCGAGACGCAGGGAGAUUUGUGAACGAUGUCAGCAGCACACUGCGUCACUGUCGAAAAAAAUGGGUACGAAUCGUAGGAGUAGUUUGCCCAUCCGACCACCGACUUCGGAUGAGGAGCAACCCAACUCCGCGCAGAGUAGAAGUCAAACUAGAUUGAGGUCUCGAUCUGUGUCGGAGCCCCUGGUCCAAGCUUCUUCUGUCUGCGAGAAUGAGGAAAGGACGUGGCCACCACAGGUGGCCGAUGUGACAGUCGGCCCUGGAUUCCCGGAUUCGACUUACUCGACGCCCUCCUACAGUCGGUCCUAUUGCUCAACGGGAGACCUGUCCUCCGGCCACGAAAACUCCAAAGACCCGCCUUUUCCCCUCAUUCUUGUGGGUGCACCAAAGGAAACUGAGACUCCGGAGCAAGCGAAGAUGGAUCAAGGAACUUCUACUCCAAUCGAGCCAAUAUCUGAAGUGCCUUUUGUGGAACCCACUUUGGCCAAACGACUCACGCUUGGCAAAAAAUCAAUUUCAGCUCCUGAAGAAGAAUCCUCCAUAAGUUCCUCUGAUGUUCCGUCCAGCUUCCACAAGUCCACAAUUUCAACGGUCCCGGCGUUGAAGUUCUCCUCCCUGAACGAAAUCCAGUCAUACUUGAGUGUUCGGGAAUCGAAGUUGAUUCAAAGCUACACUGAAACGUCGGAACUCUACGACAAGGAGGAGCCACUCAUCACCAAGACGCAAAAGUUCUAUAAAAAGAGAGCCCCCUUGGUGCCACGAUACGAUUCGGACGACUCGUACGCCAUCAACAAGGAGGUCCUUCAGCAGGACAACAGAUCUAUGAACAGUGUGGCAUUCAACAUGACAGCCGAGUCGGAUAGCCCUGGAUCCUUCAGCGAUUUCGAUGCGGAGAGGCGGAAGGACAGCGAUCUGUGGGCUGAAACGACCACCUCCAUGGAGUCCAUCGAUUUGGCUCGUGGAAGACGACUGGGUUCCGGUAUGGUUUUUAUUUAUAUGGUUAUUCCACCGGACGGCGGUUACGGUUGGCUGAUCAUGGUCUUCUCCUUUCUCGCCCAACUGAUCAUCGAUGGCCUGAUCUUCACCAUUGGCAAUUUGCUGCCGUUCAUAGCCGAGGAUCUCGGUGAACCGAUGACUUCCGUGCUGUUUGUGGCCAGUGUGCAGAUCGGUUGCUAUUUCCUCAGUGGCAUGUUUGCCGCCGGGCUGAUAAAUCGCUUUGGUUUUCGGGCAGUGGCCAUCGCUGGUGUUCUGGCCUCCGCCGUGGCCAUAGUGAUUGCCAGUUUCAGCGUGAGCUUGAUCAUGCUGAUCUGCUUCUACAGCGUCAUCGGUGGCGUCACACUGAGCAUGAUCUGGGCGAGUUCCCAGCUGAUCGUGGGCUACUACUUCGAGCGCUAUCGCCCGAUGGCCAAUGGGUUCUCCUGCAGCGGCGGUGGAGCCGGGAUCGUUCUCUUCACGUUCCUCAACAGCUGGCUGGUGCCCAUCAUCGGCUGGAGGAACAUGCUCCGAACGCAGGCGGGAUUUGUCCUUCUAAUUGCUCUCCUCGCCUUGGGCUUCGUGGAGGUGGCUCCCACCCAAGUGGGCUUGUACCACCACGCGGAAGCUGUGGAGUCCAGCUCGGAUGAGUACUACGGGAACUUCUAUGUCCACGACUAUAUCCGGCUCUCCAACCAGACGAACACCAAUCAAAGUGCCAUUAGCACCUACGAACCGAGUCAGAAGAAAAGUAGAUGCGGCAAUCUUUGCUCCUGCUGCAGGAGUCGCUGUGGCAAGAAGAAGACGGAGACGAAACACGAGGAGGAGCAAAAUCUGCUCAUCCGACCGGCUCCCAUGGAACGGGAGGAUCUUUUCUACACAGGUCCUGCGGAGUACGACAGACCACGCAGCAAGGAGCGACUCGAGGGCAAGGAGUUCCACCUGAUGGGUACCGAUAAAAAUACCCAGCAGGUUAACUACGGCAUAGAAAGGAUUCAUGCGGACGAUGAGGAUGCAACUCGCUCUAAAAAUCAGAGAUGGAAGGCCCCACCUAAAAAGCCGGUGCCGAAAUGGAGGCAAAGCCGAUUCGUGACCACCUUGGUCAAGCUUUUCGACUAUCAUCUGCUGAAGAAUUUCGAAUUCCAGAUCCUGGUCACCUCCGCCUUUCUCUAUCCGAUGGGCUUCAACAUCCCCUUCAUUUACUCGGGGGCAAGGGCCGAGAUUCCAAAAAAGUAUGCCAGGAUGAUUGGUCCCGUCAUCGGAAUUACAAACCUAUUGUUCAGGAAUCUCCUGGGGUUUCUGGCCUUUAAACGACGCACUUGGCCAAGUGGACUUUAUGGCUACGGUCUUAUUUUCGGCGGAGGCGCUGUAUUUGUAAGUGCCUUUUUUGGUCAGGAUUUGAUAUGGUUUCAAAUGUUCUAUGGAGCUUCCUUUGCCGUCGCAUCAGCGGUUUACUCCACCAUGCGAGGACUUAUUUAUGUGAAAUAUCUGGGUCUUUCGAAGCUAACCAAUGCCUUUGGAAUUUCUUCCUUGGCCAUGGGAAUGGGUGUCUUUCUGGGCACCUCGAUUGCCGGAGAACUAGUGGGCUCAACAAGAAACUAUACACCCGCCUUCGGUUUUGCCGGAGUUUGCCUGAUGUCCUCCGGUUUAUUGGUGCUACUGCUGCCCGCUUUUAUAAAAUUGCGCAACCGGCGAGCCCAUUGAGAAUCUGAUAGUUGGAAUUGCAAUAUUUAUUGGUUGUCCAUCUUCGAAAUCAAGAUUUAUUUUACAAAAUGGGUUACGCUCUUUUUGUUAGUCAUUUGAUACAUACACAAGAGUUAUUGACUACAUUACUGGUUAUGUUUUUUGGUUGAACUCGUGUACCAAAUUCUGAAUAAAUGCUUUUAUAUUACAUUUUUGGUUCGGAAGGGAAUUUUCUAUGAAGGGUAAGUACAAUUGAAUUGUUUCUCAGAAUUUAAGAUUAAACCUCAUAAAACUCUUUUACGAAUGUAAAUUGAAUUUCACUUUUAAACUCAUGCGAUUGAAUAUAAACACGACUGUCAAACUGCAUUUCAAAGUUUUAGACGCGGAGGCUCUAAAACUGUGCCCUUUCAAUGUAAUUUAAUUUCGGGUUUUUCUUUUGGGGGUUGACUUUUAUUGCAAUCCAUUUAAAGUUAUUAGUUAGCUUAGUUUACAUCUAAUAUUAGCUUAGUUGCUGAACAACACACUCUGGCUCCACGCUUAUAGGUUCGAGUGUGUUGUGUUUGGUUUUUCAUUUGGUUUUGUUUCCAUUUUCCUUGUUUGGGUAUGCAAAUGUUCACGCUUCUUGUUUACUUUGAUUUGCUUUCUAAACUUUGUACGUCUACUGUUCAAUGUUUUUUUUUGUUUCAGUUUUAAUAUUUUAUGAUGAUUUUUUUACAUAUUAUUUAGAGCUAAAGCAACAAAAGGUCAAAUCUAAACCAAAGUGAACGCAUAAACAUAAAAACUUUUAGAAAGACAUCCGCCAGACGGAUGGCUGCAAUCCUUUUUGUCCUCUGUCUAAAUCCUUUUUGUGUUUUAAAUAUUGUCAGUAGUCUUCCCCAUCGUCGCCUCCAAUUUAUUCCACAAUCCAUUGAUGUCUCUGCAUUUGCCGGCUGCUUUAAAACCAAUUUCGUAUGAUAAUCUAAGUUUAAAUUAAAAUCUCAUUGCGGGAUGAUCCACACUCCUCAUGGCCUUGCUGGUCUUUCUUGUUCACACAGAAAAAGCAAUUCUUACGCCUUAAAUUAAAAUUAUAUUUAUAUCGCCUGUGCCUCCUCCAAAUGGCUCGUUCAUGUGUCGGAAUCGGACC